GCGAUGGAAAUUCUCGACUGCCCGCUGCUGUCGGUGAACGUGCGCGUGUGGCGCUUUUGGUCCUUCGUCCUGGUGCACAACUGGCGGCGCUACAUCAGCAUCAUCCCGGUGACGGUGCUGAACGUGUUCAUGUUUGCCGACCUGUACCGGGCCUGGGGCAACAUCGAGGAGGUCAUAAUCAAUGCUUAUUUUGCGGUGCUCUACUUCAACGCGGUGCUGCGAACGCUCAUUCUCGUGUAUAAUCGCCAGAAGUAUGAGUCGUUUCUGGCCGGGGCAGCGCAAGUGUACGAGGAAAUUUGUAGCAUCGAAGACGAAGUGAUCGCAAGGCUCGUCAAGGACUACACACGUCGUGCCAGGGUGCUUUCCAUUUCCAACCUCGCGCUUGGGGCUUUCAUCAGUGGCUGCUUCGUCGUGUAUCCGCUGUUCACCGGACAGCGAGGCCUCCCUUAUGGCAUGUUUAUCCCGGGAGUGAACAACUUCGACUCGCCGCAGUAUGAAAUAUUCUACAUCACCCAGCUCGUGCUAACUUUUCCCGGAUGUUGCAUGUACAUUCCGUUCACCAGCUUCUUCACCUCGAGCACCCUCUUUGGGCUGGUGCAGAUCAAGACCCUUCAGCAUCAGUUACGGACAUUCCGAUCGCGCGACCUCGGAGAAGGAACGGCGGAGUUGAAUCGGAAGCUUCAGAAACUGAUUGGAGACCACAAGCGGAUUAUUCAAUACGUCCAAGACCUCAACAACUUAGUAACGUACAUCUGCCUGAUAGAGUUCCUCUCCUUUGGACUCAUGCUUUGCGCCCUGCUUUUCCUGCUCAACAUUAUCAGCGUCAUGGCUCAGAUUGUGAUCGUGGGAGCAUACAUCUUCAUGAUACUAUCCCAAAUAUUCGCCUUCUACUGGCACUCGAAUGAAAUGCGCGAGGAGAGCAUUGGCAUUGCGGAGGCAGCCUACAGUGCACCGUGGUUGGAGGUGCAUGAUUCCAUCAAGAAAAAACUGCUUCUCAUUACUAUACGUGCCCAACGACCACUUGAGGUCACGGUUGGUAAUGUUUACCCGAUGACACUGGAAAUGUUCCAAUCGCUGCUAAACGCAUCUUACUCGUACUUCACUUUGCUACGAAGGGUUUAUAAUUGA